UGGGGUGGGGCCUGCUGUGCAUUAAUAGGUCCAAGAAGUUUCAGAAGACCUGCCUAUCACCUUUGGUUAGACCUUCUGAAAAACAGACCGGCUGCCUGGACGAUGCCUUCACCACGGCCAAACUUCUGUCCACUGGCCACAUAAUCUGGCGUCCCCCAGUCAACACACAGAGGAGGGAUGGCCAACUCCUCGGAGGAUGGAGGCCCGCCUGCCACCUUCAAUGGGACAAACUCUACCUGUUGCAUAGGCAACACUACCAAUUCCACCUCCGCCUCUGAGGAGCAGGCGCCAGACUUCUAUGUUGUCCUCCCUGUGAUUUACUCCAUCAUCUGCGCUGUGGGUCUGACGGGCAACACCGCGGUCAUCUACGUGAUCCUCAAGGCGCCCAAGAUGAAGACCGUCACCAACAUGUUCAUCCUCAACCUGGCCAUAGCCGACGACCUGUUCACGCUGGUCCUGCCGAUUAACAUCGCAGAGCAUCUCCUGCAUUACUGGCCGUUUGGGGAGGUCCUCUGCAAAGUCAUCCUGUCCAUAGACCACUACAACAUUUUCUCCAGCAUCUACUUCCUCACCGUGAUGAGCAUCGAUCGGUACUUGGUGGUCCUGGCCACCGUCCGGUCCAAGCGGAUGUCCCACCGUACGUACCGGGCAGCCUGCAUCAUCAGCUUCGGCAUCUGGCUCCUGGUCACCCUCAUUGUCUCCCCCUUCUUCGUUUUUGCCAACGUCUAUAAAGAUGACUUGGACAUCACAAGCUGCGGACUCAAUUUUCCCAGGCCUGAAAGACUUUGGUUCAAGGCAAGCAGGAUCUACACGCUCAUCCUGGCCUUCGCCAUCCCCGUGUCCACCAUCUGCAUCCUUUACACCUUGAUGCUGUACAAGCUGAGGGGCAUGCACCUGAACUCGAAUGCCAAAGCCCUAGACAAAGCCAAAAAGAAGGUCACCAUCAUGGUUUUCGUCGUGCUGGCAGUGUGCCUGUUCUGCUGGACGCCGUUUCAUCUCGCCACUAUUGUGGCUUUGACCACUGACUUGCCCCAGACACCUGUGGUCAUUGGCAUCUCCUACUUCAUCACCAGCCUGAGCUAUGCCAACUCUUGCUUGAAUCCGUUCUUGUACGCCUUCCUGGAUGACAGCUUUCAGAAAAGUUUCAGGAAGAUGCUGGAAUGCAGAGCUGCUUAAAAUAUGUAGCAUUUCUCCCAGAUCUCUGCUAGCAUCCUGGGGAUGUUGAUCCUGGCUUUGGAUGAAAACUACAAACUUUUCAGUGUGCAUUUCUGAAGAACUUUAUGGCUGUACUGUGUUUAAUUUUAAUU